AUGUGGUGCACUGAUAGGACGAGGACGUUGCCUUCUCCUGAGCCUUCGUGGGCACAUGGUGCCCUUUAUCAGUAUUGGACCUCGCUCCUUCUCCUUGCUUUUUGCAUCUUGCACUCUUUACUCAUGGAUUGGAUGCACGUUUAUAUUGUCGGCGCUGCCGUGCUGGUCUUUGCCCUCGUCGGCUUGGUGCUGUUGAUCAGUUCGCAGCAUGUCAAAAUCGCUAAUACUCGCGUGGGGCCAUAUCUCAAGUUCAUUUGGGCGAAUUUUAUAAAGCCCCAUGACAAGCAGGCUGGGGGCCAGCAGGAUGCGCUGGAGAGUUUCUACAAGACGCAGGCUGCGGUCUACGAUGCUACCCGUCGCCGCCUCCUAUGUGGCCGGGAGGACAUGCUUGGGCUGGUGGGUGCGCAAUUGAAGCACAAGGUGGAGAACAAGCAGGUCAAGGCGGGCAAGGCUGUUUGGGUGGAUGUCGGUGGUGGUACGGGAUAUAACAUCGAAGCAAUGGCCGCGUUCCUCCCCGUGGACAAGUUCUUCAAGCAUGUGUACUUGGUUGAUCUCUCGCCCUCUCUUUGCGAAGUCGCCCGCAACCGCUUUGAGCGUCUGGGAUGGAAGAAUGUCACUGUUCUCUGCCAGGAUGCACGCUCCUUCACUCUUCCUGAGAACAUGGAUCCUCGGUCUACAAGUCUGGUCAAUGAUGGUGUGGACCUGGUCACCAUGAGUUACAGCUUAUCUAUGAUCCCAGACUACUACAGUGUGGUGGAUUCUCUGACCUCCCGCCUGAAGUCGACUGGACUUCUGGGCGUAUGUGAUUUCUAUGUCCAAAGUAUCGUUGACGUUUCAUGCCGCAACUACACCGGCGGUGCCUUCAACCGACAUGUCAACUGGCUGGGACGCAUGUUCUGGAGAGCCUGGUUUGACUUUGAUCGGGUAAGCCUAGAGGCAGCUCGUCGCGACUACCUGGAGUACAAGUUCGGCACUGUCAUUUCUGCCAGCGAACGCAAUUAUCUUCUGGGUGGCAUUCCCUACUACAUUUUUGUAGGAUGUCCGAAAGAAGUCGGCUCUACGCCCUCAAGCCAAUCCAUCGAGAAGUUGGAUGCGUCCUUCACCGAGUCUCCAUACCUCUUGCCUGCCAACCACAAGCAAGAGAUGGAUAACGCUGUUGUGAAGAGCUCGCAAGAGAUCAGAUCAAAGGCCUACGAAUCUGCUGUCGUCAACUUGAGUGCCAAUCUUCCUCUCCCCUCUUCAUUCUACCAGAACCACCACUACCGCAUUCACUACAAUGACAUGCUCCCCAAGCACACCCAGUUCCAGAACGAAUACAUUUACGCCUUCACAUGGGAAGACCCCAGGGUUGACCACCAGCUGUUGAACAUCGGGAAAGACGAUGUGAUUCUGGCCAUCACCAGUGCUGGCGACAACAUCCUCGACUACCUGCAGAAGAACCCCCGUCGUGUCCACGCUGUGGAUCUCAACCCAAACCAGAACCAUCUCCUUGAACUCAAGGUCGCUUGUUACUCUGCUCUCGGUCACCGGGACAUGUGGAAGAUCUUCGGCGAUGGAAAACACGCCCAGUUCCGUGAGCUUCUCAUCUCCAAGCUUAGCCCUCACUUGUCAAGCCAGGCUUUCCAAUACUGGCUCGAGCAUACUCAAACCUUCACUUCAUCAUCUGGCCAUGGACUCUAUGAAACCGGUGGCUCUCGUCAUGCAAUUCGUAUGGUUCGCUGGCUUUUCAAUAUCUUCGGAUUACAAGGUGAAGUCCGCAAGAUGUGUGAAGCACAGAGUCUAGCCGAGCAGCGUGAAAUCUGGCCUCGCAUCCGCCGUGUCCUCUUAAGUCGGCCUCUGAACUGGGCUAUCGUGAGUACGGAAUGGUUCGCCUGGAAAGCAGCUGGUGUACCACGCAACCAGCGCAAUAUGAUCGUCGAUGACUUCUUCCGUCGCAAUGGACUCACAGAGGGAAUGAAGGCAGGUAAAGAUGUCAGUGGUCAAUCGAUUUGGGAAUACGUCGUCAAUACCCUCGACCCUGUCAUCAACGAUACCCUAAUCAGCAACGAUAACUACUUCUACUACCUCUGUGUCCAAGGCAAAUUCUCCAGAAGAUGCCACCCAUCAUACCUCUCACCACAAGCCCACGUCAAACUCUCAACCCCAGGUGCAUUUGACGGUCUCCGCAUCCACACCGACGAAAUCAACGAAGUCAUCAACCGCAUCACCCCAGGCACCCUCACCAUCGCAGUCGUCAUGGACUCAAUGGACUGGUUCGAUCCAACAGGCGACUCAGCACCCGCCCAAGCCCGAACCUUCAAUCACGCCCUCAAAAAGGGGGGGCGCAUCCUCCUCCGCUCUGCCAGCAUAGACCCCUGGUACAUCAAGCACUUUGAAGAAAAUGGUUUCUCGGCUACUCGGGUGGGUGCUAGAUUCCCUGGUACCUGUAUUGACCGUGUCAAUAUGUAUGCAUCCACUUGGAUCUGCACGAAAACAAAAGACCUCUUGAAUGUCAAGGAUCGGAAGAUGUCGACUCUUGCUCUGCCUGAUAGUGCUAUCCCCACUGCUAGACGGUCGGGUAGUGUUGAGGAUUUGCAGAUUUGA